CACAAUUUAAGUAAUAGUAAUGUAUAUUAAAAUUUUAACAAUCGAUAAAAUUUCUAUUUACAAAUCUUAGAUUGAAGAUAAUUAAAUUUUUAAUUUCCCUAAAUUAUUAAAUUGAACAGAAUCAAACACUUUAGUAAUCAUCCCAGUUGCCACUGUAAAAUUAUUCUCUCUAAUGGUAAAACACUGGCCAGGGGACAUAAUAGUUCUUUUUAGAAGAAUUAAAAUCACUGUAGCAUGUUCACCAGGCAUAACCAUAGGAACAUCUGGCAUCAAAUCAAUCCUACAAGCCAAGUUCCAGGUAUCAGAAAACAUUUGUUGAAUAUAUUUUGAAGUGAUUGGUUUUGAACGCCCUCCUUCUGCUCUACUAAGGAAGUACACAGUAGCUUCAUAUUUGUUACUUAGUGUUUGACUCCUAGCUUCACACAAAAGCAUACCUUUAGCAACUGAAUCAUUUUUUAUACCUCUUAACAAAAUUCCAACAUUUUCUCCUGCAUUUGCACUAGGAACAGAUUUUUUGAAAACUUGGAUGUCCGAAACAGUUGUACUUAAUUUGACAUCAAAACCUAACAAAUCCGCUUCACAAUUUUUCUUUACUAUACCACGUUUAAGAGUGCCAACAACAACUGUGCCUCUUCCAGGAACUGUAAAAGAAUUAUCGAUUGGUAAUAAAAAGGGAGAGGUAUAGUCUCGUGAUGGAUUAGGAAUGUAACUGUCAAUUGCAUCUAAUAGUCUCCAAAUUGAAUCUUCACCAAUAGGACUAGUAUCUCCAUUUAAAGCUUUGGUAGCUGAUCCAAAAACGACAGGAGCUCCACCAUCAAAUCCAAAAUCAGACAACAUUUCUCUCAUUUCCAAUUCUACAAGUUCCCAGACAUCAUUAUCUACCAAAUCACAUUUGUUUAUGUACAAAACUAUUUUCUUAACUCCCACCUGUCUUGCUAAAAGAAGAUGCUCCCUUGUUUGUGGCAUGGGACCUUCAGAAGCAGCAACGACUAGAAUGGCUCCAUCCAUCUGAGAUGCGCCAGAAAUCAUAUUUUUAAUAUAAUCAGCAUGACCUGGACAAUCAGUGUGGGCAUAAUGGCGAAGCUUUGAACUAUAUCCAAUAUGAGAGGCAUUUAUGGUGAUACCUCGUGCCUUUUCUUCUGGAGCUCUAUCUAUUUCAUCAUAAGAAAUGAAUUUUGACAGGCCAGCUUUAGAAGUUAUCUUUGUAAUAGCAGCAGUAAGGGUCGUCUUUCCAUGAUCUACAUGCCCAAUUGUACCAAUGUUCACAUGUACUUUUUCAUAACUAGUAGAAAAUUUUACAACUUUUUUCGCAUUGACUAUGAAAACCCUCUUACAGUAAAACACUUCUUGGCCGAGAUGUCUCAAUAUAUUCAUCUUUAAGAUACAUUUAAAUGACUACCAACGUAGAAGGUUAUAUAUAAUUAAGGAGGUUAUAGAGGUUUCCAAAAUCCAUUUAAUGGUACAUAGAUUUAAUUCUAAGGUUAAUCAUGUUUGAAUUGAUCGUAAAAAUCUAUAAACUCUAUUUAUACAUAGGGUAACACACCGUAUUAAUCCUUCAUACUUUCGAAUGAAUCCCUACAUAUAUAUAUUUUUAUUUUGUAAUUUUGAAUAUGGCGCUAUUUUUAGAACAGCAGCGCUACGAAGAAAGUCCCCCUUGUGUUUGGAGUGUACUAAAAUCCUUCAGUUGUUGAGCGAAGGGGCUGAUAGUGGUACUCGGUUGUCGGGCCUUAUUUUGUUAGAUCUUGAGCUACGAAUUUGAGACUUAAUUUCAUCAUUUCGUGAUGAUUUCAGGUUUUAUCACUAGACUGAAUAAUUCGGCAUAUAGUCAGUUAUUUGUGUCAUAUUCUUUAUUUCUCAGUGAUUUUUUUCGUCUAUUUGAGUAAAAGUGUACAUGGUACAUCAUAAUGGUGAUGCUGACAGAAGAAAUGGUUAUAGCUAGGACGAAAUCCUCCAACCUGGAAACAGUGACUAAAUUUAACUGUUGGGGAAGCCAGUUGUCAGAUGUUAGUAUAUUAAAGAAGAUGAAGAAUGUCACAGUCCUGUCAUUAAGUGUGAACAAUAUUGAUUCGUUGGAGGUGUUCCAGUUUUGCACCAAACUCCAGGAUCUGUUCAUCAGAAAAAACAAUAUUCAAGACUUAAACCAAGUUUGCUAUCUCCAAGGUCUCCAAGAACUGAAAUGUCUUUGGCUGGAAGACAACCCUUGCUGUUUGGACAUAGGUGAACAAUAUAGAUUAGCCGUCAUAAGAGCUCUUCCGCAACUUAAAAAACUGGAUAAUACUCCUGUUGAGACAUCUGAAAUGGAAAUGGCUCAGAGGGUUGGAAAGCCCCUUAUUCAUCCAGAUGUUUUACAGGAAAAAAGAAGUCCAUCUCCAGAAACAGACUUUCGAACCAGGAACAAUUAUAGUCCUGAACCUGUUCAGUAUCAAAGAGGAAGUAGAGACUACAGCAGUUCUUAUGAGCAAGUAAAUGAACAGAAUUCAUACAACAAUAGUGAAGGCGGAGAUGCUCGGGAUAUUUACUCAGAACAAAUCAACCAAAACCAACAGAACCAUAGACAACCUUUGACUAUAACCUACAAGUAUGAAGAGGAGCAAUCUUCAAGACAACAAAAUCACCGUGCUCAAGGAAUGCUUCCGAGGAGUAGAACCACUGAUGGUGAACUUGGUCUUGUUAACUGUCCAAAUUGCUGCACUCUCCCACCUCAGAGGAGGCCAAAUGAAAGGAGAACAAAUGUACUCAAUGCAGUCCUCUGUUUGAUAAAAGAGCUUGACUAUCCCAAUCUCGAAGUUGUUCAAAUGGCAGUCAAAUGUAGGAUGGAAGAACUGUGUGAUGAAAUGUAAUUAAUUUAAGUAACAAAAACUGUUGUUAUAACAUUAAUUUGAAUUAAGUUUAUUGAUAACAAAGUGAUAUUAAUUAAUUAAGUAUGUUUUAUAAUAUUCACUCGUGAAUGGACGUUUUGAAGGAUAUGUUUAAAAGAAUUUUUUUUUCAUGUACCUUUUGUUUUCUUCUCAUUGACAGUUUUCUGGCCCUGGUCUCGUUUGUUUUAAUCAUAGAGACCUAUCAUUUUACGCAUUACCCUAAGAGUGAUAUUAGGAAAGCUGUAAUAUUAAAUAAUUACUAAUUACCUCAUGUUCCUUAUUGUUUGUCGGGUUUUGUACGAUUUUUUAAAAUGUACUUAUGAAAUGAUAAAGAAAUGUAUUGCUAUCUUUACUAAUCUUUAAAAAAAAAAAAGACUAUAGAACGUAAAAUAAUUACUUACGAAAUCAGUCUUGAAUUAUGAUAUUUUGAUUGUAAAUAAAGAUCAUAGUCUUAGUUCUGUUAUAUAACUUAAAAUACUAUGCAAUAGUACUUAAAAAUUAUUUUAUUGUUAAAUUCAUAUUGCUUUGUUCCUUUAGCAUGUUUUAAGAAAGUUUUGAUUUUUUGGGUAUGACCAAAAGUUGGCUUAUUAUUUUUAACAUGUUUUUUCCCCUUCGUCUUUUGUUAGAUUUAUAUUUCUACAGUUGUUCAAUCUCUGCAUGCCAUUCUAUCUUGUGCCAUUAUUGUUGUUUCAUUUAAUUCUGUCAAUAUUAAUGGUUUAUAAAUGUAAUCAAAAUUUAUUAAAUUACUGUUUAUAAAAAUUAAUUAACGAUUAAUUGACAGCAUUUGUAUCAAAAUAGCUACUUAAGCUUGAAUUAAAAAUGAAUUUGAUUUUUUAUGAUUGACAACUUAAUGGCAAAUUAUAGACUUUAUAUAUGAUGUGAUGAAUCUUAGAUGAAAGUAAAUACAAUUUUGAGAAGGAGGUGAUCGGGGGGUGCGGUCAAAUUAAUGCUAAAUUAAACAAGUAGAAUUAUUUAAUUUUUGCUCACUUCUUUAAUUUAGUAUUAAUUUCACCGCACCCCCUGAUCAACUCCUUGUCAUAUUAUAUCAACGGUCAACCAUCUCUACAUCAUAAAUAUAAUUUUGUUUUAUGUUGUAUGAAUUUUGAAAAAUAUUUUUCUCAAUUAAAUAUAUGUUAAACUAUUGGAAAUUAGAAGUUUAUCUAUAUUUAUCUUUAUUUGUUACAUGAAAAUAAUCUUGUUAUUGUUUCACCUUUCUUAUGUAUUGAUUGUUCUUCCAUAUUGGUCAUAUUCUGUUUUCUCUUUAAUUCAUAUUUUUUAAAAUUAUUUCUCUUUGGAAUGAAUUUAUUAUCUAUGAUUAUUACUUCUCUUAAGUUUUAAGCCUUAAAAGAUGUUGUAAGGUGGUAAUGUGGAUUUUUUCAUCAUCAGCUUAAUAUUCUGUCCCGUCUUUAUUUUCUGCUCAAAAAUUGGAGUUAUAAUCUCCGUCCAUUGUGAAAUUACAUUUUGAAAAUGUGUAUUUUACAGCAAAGCUGGCUCAUCUUUUUCUUGCCUCUAUUAGCAUUACAUUUAAAAGCAGUAUUGCAAUUAUGUGUCUCAUAAAAUAAGUUGAUAUAUUAAAUAACAUAGAAGUGUGUUUUGCUUCACUUAUUUCUUUUGUAAAUAAUUUGUAUAUUAAUACCAAUGAGUUUAUUAAAUCUUUAGAUUACCAAGUGCAAUAGACUUAAAAUAUAUUUAAAAGAUAAAAUUUAUUAAUGUUUAGUUAAAAUUUCUUCAUAUUUUAAUAAAAAAUUGUUGUUUUUUUUAUAAUUUUGUAGUUAAUAACUGCUGUAUUAAACAAUAAAAUACAGUCUCGCUUGAAAUUUGUUCCUGAAAAUCUUAUCUCUUAAAUUUUGUUCACAGUGUAGUUAAAUAAAUUAGAGACUAAUUUUAUAAACCUACAGUAUAAUGUUUUAUAAUUAUAUAGUAAUUUGGUAAAUAAAAAAAUGUUAGCCAACCUGAUGGCCAAAUGAAAUUGAAUUUUGUUUAAAAAUUAUUAUGAAAUUGAUUUAAGUUUAUAAUAAAUAAUAAAAUAGAUUUAUUUCUUAUUAGUACAAAGGCUUUCCAUAUUUCUUAUUUGUAUUUUUUAUUCUGUAAUGUUUUAAACCUGACUAAUCAUCUUUAGGUGCACAAGUUUCAUUUGUUGGAGUUAAAAAAAAUUAUAUUUACCUCUUUAAUAUCUAUUGCUUUAUAAUGAAAUGUCAUAUGACCAGAAGACUAAUACGCAUAUCUGCAUUUCAAUAUAGCUAUGCUUAGCGUAAUUUAAAAAGCUGAAUCACAGAUAGAAGGAACCACUUUCAAUUGCUGACCCUUAUAUGGGAAGUGUUUGAGAAGGUGGAUAUAAUAGAAAGUAAAAAAGACUAGAAGUAUGGUAGUUGGGAAUAACAAAUCAUCCCGAUCAUCACAAUGUUAUCUAUUUGGAAGUUACACUUUGCCGAGUGUGUUCUAUAUUUUUGAAGACAUAUACAGGAGGGGGCAAGUUGGCCAAGCCAGCUAAUGCGUGUGUAAAACAUGCGUUGCCCAUAACAACCUGUGAUUAACCAAAGUUUACAAGUUCAAAUCCCGUAGCGGGAGAGAAUUUUAACUCUGGCAUAAUUCCCCCGCUCUCUUCCCUGGACUGAGAUAAAUCCUGUAUAACCUAAAAGGCAAGGAAGGGGAGAAAAGAAGAAAAGACAAAAAAAGUAAUAUAGAAGGAAAUCAACAGAUUUGUUUUUAUUUAUUACCUGUAUCCAAUUCCUCCCUGGCAUUUACAACAAAAGAAAAGAAAAUUUCCAUCUAUUGUUUACUCAAUAAUUUCUGUGAUGUCGGUUUCAAAAUAUUUUGAUUUUCCUUAGUAGUAAAAUAUUUUGUUUAUAGCUAGUUUUUUCGUUUCUCAAGUUAUCUUUAUUUCUGUUUUAUUGUGUUUUUAUAUAGAAACCUAGUCUAAUAUAUUUCAUUUUUAUUUAUUAAUAAAUAAUAUAUUUUUAUAUUAUAUCUAACCCAUUUAAACACAAUUAUAAACACCAUUAUAAACUCAAGUUUUUUUUUUUUUCUUUAUAGUAAGGAGGAAUAUAAUUCCAGUGAAUGAAGAAUCGAAGCAUCAAAAAAUAAAAUCUAUUUUAUUAAAUGUGG